UACAGUCUUGUAACUGGUUAAAGCUAAAGGCAGCCAACGGCCUUGCUAUUCCAUACUUGGGUUAUUUAGAAGUGGAUGUCCAAGUUCUUGGUAGGUCACUUCCUGGGAUGGGAAUUUUAAUAGUGAAAAGUACAGAUGGGUUACAGGUUCAGGGGCAAAUGGGAAAGGUUCCAGGCUUACUGGGGAUGAAUAUAAUUAACCAGUGCUAUCAAGAACUGUUUAUACAACAUGGAAACUCUUUGUUUCAGGCCCCUAGUGUAAAAGCAUCAGGCAAAGAAUGGAAGGCUGUACUGGCGGAGUGUAGACAGCUGAACCGUGUUCAUGAGGAUGGGCUGAUAGGUCGAGUUCGAGUGCGUCCGGGACCAGCUGUGUUAGUUCCAGCGGGUACUUUGAAGUUUGUUCCAGCCAUUUGUCGUACUGAUUUGGGGCCGGCGUUCGCUUCAGGGUUGCUAGAGCCGUUACCUCUAGAAAACUGCCAAUUGCCUGGUGAUUUACUUAUAUCUUCUGCCUUUUUGCCAGUAAACCGUGGGAGACUGGACGUGCCCGUGGUAAAUGUAGGGACCCAAGAUAGGUGGAUCCAGCCGAAGGCUGUUCUUGGUGAAUUUCAUUUGGUUUCGCUACAGCCAACAACACAUCUAGAAUUUAAUACGCAAGUAUCAACAGAAGAACAGGUAGCUGUAGUUCAAAAAGUGGCAGUGGAAGAAUUCCUGCCAGUGGAUUUUUCUCAGUUAGCAUGGCCAAAUUUAGGGGUUCAGGAAGAAGCAGAAGCCCGUAGCCUUUUAGAAAGGUACAGUGAUGUUUUCAGCCGUGGGGAGGGGGAUUUGGGUUGCACCCCAUUGGUAGAACAUACAAUACCUUUAUUGGAUCAGGCUCCAGUACGACAACGUUAUCGUAGGUUACCGCCAUCUCAGUAUGACCAGGUAAAGAUGCAUAUCCAAGAGCUGCUAGAUCAAGGGGUGGUGAAACCAAGUUCUAGUCCAUACGCAUCACCAAUUGUCGUUGUACAAAAGAAGGAUGGUUCCAUUAGGCUAUGUGUAGACUAUCGGCAAUUGAAUCUAAGAACUCGUAAAGAUGCUUUUCCUCUCCCACGGAUUGAGGAAUCCCUAGAUGCCUUGGCUGGGGCUAAGUUAUUUAGCACUUUAGAUCUAGCUAGUGGUUAUAACCAAGUCCCUGUAGCUAAACAAGAUCAGGAAAAAACGGCAUUCUGUACUCCUUUCGGGCUCUUUGAAUUUUCUCGGAUGCCCUUUGGAUUAUGCAACGCGCCGAGCACGUUUCAGCGCCUCAUGGAAAGAAUAUUUGGGGAUCAGCGGUUCCAUGCGUUGCUCCUAUAUCUGGAUGAUAUAGUUGUUUUUUCAACUUCUUUCCAGCAACAUUUGGAGCGGUUGAAAAUGGUGUUCGAGCGCCUGCAGAAAUAUAACUUGAAGUUAAAACUACAAAAGUGCCAUCUAUUUCAGACUGAAGUAAGAUAUCUUGGGCAUAUUAUUUCUGCAGAGGGCGUAGCGACAGACCCAGAAAAGGUUAGUGCAGUUUCUCAGUGGCCAAGACCUGGAAACAUAACAGAAUUGCGUUCUUUCUUGGGCUUUGCCUCGUAUUAUCGUAGGUUUGUGGAAGGAUUUGCGUCCGUGGCCGCACCCUUGAAUAAGUUGGUGGGAUCUUUGCAGGGUAGUAAAAAGCAUAGUCGUAGAACAUUGGGUCCUUUGGUGCAACACUGGAAUGAUGAUUGUGAGAGGGCAUUUGUGACUUUGAAAAAUAAGUUGAUGCAUGCCCCGGUGUUGGGAUACGCAGACUUCGCAAAGCCAUUUAUCUUAGAAAUCGAUGCAAGUCACCGUGGGCUGGGGGCAGUUCUGUCCCAGGACCAGGGUGGGCAGACUAGACCAAUUGCAUUUGCAAGUAGAGGUCUACGGCCCUCUGAAACCAACAUGUCCAAUUAUAGUUCAAUGAAAUUGGAGCUUUUGGCAUUAAAGUGGUCAAUAACAGAGAAGUUUAGGGAAUAUCUAAUGGGGAAUAAGUUUGUUGUGUAUACAGAUAAUAAUCCCCUGAGUUACUUACAGACGGCCAAAUUGGCGGCGGUAGAACAGCGUUGGGCUUCCCAACUGGCACUGUUUGAUUUCGAAAUUCGGUAUCGUCCAGGGACAGCCAACCGGAAUGCAGAUGCACUGUCCCGUCUUCCCUUACCCGCCAGUAGCCAGAUGUUGGGUAAGGCUGGGACCGUGGUUCCGGCUGAAGUGGUAGUACAGCAAGUGAAAUCCAAUUGCCAUGUGGGUGCAUUUGCCGUAAAUGCUGUCCCGAUACGAGAAAGAUCUGAUCUUUCAGUGCUACAGGCGUUAGAUCCAGUAAUUGGACUAUUUUUGAAGCAUUGGACAAAGGGAGAGUUGCCCUCCAAGCAGGAAGUGGCGCAGGGCCCUGAGGGACUUAAAGAGCUAGUUAAGCAGUGGCCUCGCAUUAGGGAGAGGGAGGGAGUAUUAUAUCGAGAGGUGCAAUUACCUCCGGCAAGGGAGACUGUUUUACAGCUGCUGCUCCCCAGUGUGUUACAGGCAGAGGUUCUUGGUAGUGUGCAUAAUAAUCAUGGUCACCAAGGUGUUGAGCGGACCACAAACCUGCUCAGAGAAAGGUGUUUUUGGCCAGGGAUGUGGAGAGAUGUUAAGCAGUGGUGUAGCGAAUGCGAGCGGUGUGUACUGGCGAAGGCUACACAGCCUAAAUUUCGGACUUAUAUGGGAAGUUUGACUGCAUCUAGACCAUUAGAAAUUAUUGCUAUUGAUUUCACUUUGAUGGAACGAGCCAGCAACGGUCAGGAAAAUGUUUUGGUGGUGACGGAUGUGUUCUCCAAAUUCACCCAAGCAUUUGCUACCUCGGAUCAAAAAGCAAAGACAGUGGCUAAAGUAUUGGUUGAAAAGUGGUUUUGUGUAUAUGGGGUACCCAAGCGCAUACAUUCAGACCAAGGUCGAAGUUUUGAGAGUGAGUUGUUUAAACAACUAUGUUCUCUUUACGGAAUUCAGAAAAGCCGCACGACCCCAUAUCAUCCUGAGGGGAAUGGGCAGUGCGAACGUUUCAAUCGUACGUUACAUGAUUUGUUGAGAACCCUGCCCCCAGAACAGAAGGGCAAGUGGCCACAAUUCCUUCCACAACUCUUGUUUGCUUACAACACCACCAUUCAUCAAUCAACACAGCAUUCCCCUUAUGAACUCAUGUUUGGCCAGAAGCCACAGUUGCCAAUUGAUUUUCUGUUAGGCACUGUUGGGGAAGAGUUAGUAGAAGGAAGUGUUAGUGAUUGGGUUCUACAACAUAAAGAGUAUUUAGCUUUGGUUUAUGAGAGCGCACGAAAAAAUCUGGAUGAGAGGACUUGGGGAGAGAGGCCAGACAGUGAGGUGUCAAUACUUGCCCCUGGUACGUUAGUUUACUGUAGGAGUCACCCUUUGGGGAGGAACAAGAUCCAAGAUGCAUGGGCCCCUAAUCUAUUUGAGGUCAUAGAAUGUAAGGAUCCCCUUGGUAAUGUUUACGAAGUGCAACGGCAAGAUGGUGUAGGUUCCUCAAAGUGCAUCCAUCGAUCGGAAUUAAAACCUGCCCCUGACACGCAUGUUCGUACGCCCCCAGUAGCUGAAGGAAUACAUUCCCCAAUGGUAGAGGAAGUGACCGAACCAAUUGAUGAAAGCGAUGAUUUGGUUGUCGAAGUGGUUGUUUCCCACCCAAGUUGUGUAGGGGAGGAAAAUGUUAUUGGGGGGGUGGGCCAAAGUUUUCUUGGGUCACGAGUUGAGUCUGAGAUACAGGAAGAUGCAGGGGGUAGUAACUUGCCUUGUUCAAGUAAUACAUAUAGUAGAAGUGGAAGGACUCCUGAGCCCAUGAGGCGCACCUGUAGUAACUUGCCUUGUUUAAGUGAUACGUAUAGUAGAAGUGAAAGUAGUCCUGAGCCCAUAAGGCGCACCUCCCGUUCUACUGCGGGGGUGCACUCAAACCCUUUUCGAUUACCCCAAUCGGUGUCUCAGGGCCUGGGGCCUAAUGAUGCUGUGGUAAACUCCCAUUCCAUUAUGUUUAGACCAUGGCAAUUCUGGGAAAAACAGUGGUUGAAGAUCUGGAUUAUCACCAGGAGUCUGGAGCAGGCUGAUGGUGUCUUCUGCUGUGAGCUGCCUUCCCUUCCAUUGGUCGCUGAACGAUAUGUGUAUGUGCCAAGAGAGCGGAAGUGUCCUCGUUUCUCAGGAAAGGCAUCACAAGAUCCUUUGGGGGUAGAGGACUGGAUAGAUGAGCCAAUUUUGGGAAAAGAAUUACAGUCUUGUAACUGGUUAAAGCUAAAGGCAGCCAACGGCCUUGCUAUUCCAUACUUGGGUUAUUUAGAAGUGGAUGUCCAAGUUCUUGGUAGGUCACUUCCUGGGAUGGGAAUUUUAAUAGUGAAAAGUACAGAUGGGUUACAGGUUCAGGGGCAAAUGGGAAAGGUUCCAGGCUUACUGGGGAUGAAUAUAAUUAACCAGUGCUAUCAAGAACUGUUUAUACAACAUGGAAACUCUUUGUUUCAGGCCCCUAGUGUAAAAGCAUCAGGCAAAGAAUGGAAGGCUGUACUGGCGGAGUGUAGACAGCUGAACCGUGUUCAUGAGGAUGGGCUGAUAGGUCGAGUUCGAGUGCGUCCGGGACCAGCUGUGUUAGUUCCAGCGGGUACUUUGAAGUUUGUUCCAGCCAUUUGUCGUACUGAUUUGGGGCCGGCGUUCGCUUCAGGGUUGCUAGAGCCGUUACCUCUAGAAAACUGCCAAUUGCCUGGUGAUUUACUUAUAUCUUCUGCCUUUUUGCCAGUAAACCGUGGGAGACUGGACGUGCCCGUGGUAAAUGUAGGGACCCAAGAUAGGUGGAUCCAGCCGAAGGCUGUUCUUGGUGAAUUUCAUUUGGUUUCGCUACAGCCAACAACACAUCUAGAAUUUAAUACGCAAGUAUCAACAGAAGAACAGGUAGCUGUAGUUCAAAAAGUGGCAGUGGAAGAAUUCCUGCCAGUGGAUUUUUCUCAGUUAGCAUGGCCAAAUUUAGGGGUUCAGGAAGAAGCAGAAGCCCGUAGCCUUUUAGAAAGGUACAGUGAUGUUUUCAGCCGUGGGGAGGGGGAUUUGGGUUGCACCCCAUUGGUAGAACAUACAAUACCUUUAUUGGAUCAGGCUCCAGUACGACAACGUUAUCGUAGGUUACCGCCAUCUCAGUAUGACCAGGUAAAGAUGCAUAUCCAAGAGCUGCUAGAUCAAGGGGUGGUGAAACCAAGUUCUAGUCCAUACGCAUCACCAAUUGUCGUUGUACAAAAGAAGGAUGGUUCCAUUAGGCUAUGUGUAGACUAUCGGCAAUUGAAUCUAAGAACUCGUAAAGAUGCUUUUCCUCUCCCACGGAUUGAGGAAUCCCUAGAUGCCUUGGCUGGGGCUAAGUUAUUUAGCACUUUAGAUCUAGCUAGUGGUUAUAACCAAGUCCCUGUAGCUAAACAAGAUCAGGAAAAAACGGCAUUCUGUACUCCUUUCGGGCUCUUUGAAUUUUCUCGGAUGCCCUUUGGAUUAUGCAACGCGCCGAGCACGUUUCAGCGCCUCAUGGAAAGAAUAUUUGGGGAUCAGCGGUUCCAUGCGUUGCUCCUAUAUCUGGAUGAUAUAGUUGUUUUUUCAACUUCUUUCCAGCAACAUUUGGAGCGGUUGAAAAUGGUGUUCGAGCGCCUGCAGAAAUAUAACUUGAAGUUAAAACUACAAAAGUGCCAUCUAUUUCAGACUGAAGUAAGAUAUCUUGGGCAUAUUAUUUCUGCAGAGGGCGUAGCGACAGACCCAGAAAAGGUUAGUGCAGUUUCUCAGUGGCCAAGACCUGGAAACAUAACAGAAUUGCGUUCUUUCUUGGGCUUUGCCUCGUAUUAUCGUAGGUUUGUGGAAGGAUUUGCGUCCGUGGCCGCACCCUUGAAUAAGUUGGUGGGAUCUUUGCAGGGUAGUAAAAAGCAUAGUCGUAGAACAUUGGGUCCUUUGGUGCAACACUGGAAUGAUGAUUGUGAGAGGGCAUUUGUGACUUUGAAAAAUAAGUUGAUGCAUGCCCCGGUGUUGGGAUACGCAGACUUCGCAAAGCCAUUUAUCUUAGAAAUCGAUGCAAGUCACCGUGGGCUGGGGGCAGUUCUGUCCCAGGACCAGGGUGGGCAGACUAGACCAAUUGCAUUUGCAAGUAGAGGUCUACGGCCCUCUGAAACCAACAUGUCCAAUUAUAGUUCAAUGAAAUUGGAGCUUUUGGCAUUAAAGUGGUCAAUAACAGAGAAGUUUAGGGAAUAUCUAAUGGGGAAUAAGUUUGUUGUGUAUACAGAUAAUAAUCCCCUGAGUUACUUACAGACGGCCAAAUUGGCGGCGGUAGAACAGCGUUGGGCUUCCCAACUGGCACUGUUUGAUUUCGAAAUUCGGUAUCGUCCAGGGACAGCCAACCGGAAUGCAGAUGCACUGUCCCGUCUUCCCUUACCCGCCAGUAGCCAGAUGUUGGGUAAGGCUGGGACCGUGGUUCCGGCUGAAGUGGUAGUACAGCAAGUGAAAUCCAAUUGCCAUGUGGGUGCAUUUGCCGUAAAUGCUGUCCCGAUACGAGAAAGAUCUGAUCUUUCAGUGCUACAGGCGUUAGAUCCAGUAAUUGGACUAUUUUUGAAGCAUUGGACAAAGGGAGAGUUGCCCUCCAAGCAGGAAGUGGCGCAGGGCCCUGAGGGACUUAAAGAGCUAGUUAAGCAGUGGCCUCGCAUUAGGGAGAGGGAGGGAGUAUUAUAUCGAGAGGUGCAAUUACCUCCGGCAAGGGAGACUGUUUUACAGCUGCUGCUCCCCAGUGUGUUACAGGCAGAGGUUCUUGGUAGUGUGCAUAAUAAUCAUGGUCACCAAGGUGUUGAGCGGACCACAAACCUGCUCAGAGAAAGGUGUUUUUGGCCAGGGAUGUGGAGAGAUGUUAAGCAGUGGUGUAGCGAAUGCGAGCGGUGUGUACUGGCGAAGGCUACACAGCCUAAAUUUCGGACUUAUAUGGGAAGUUUGACUGCAUCUAGACCAUUAGAAAUUAUUGCUAUUGAUUUCACUUUGAUGGAACGAGCCAGCAACGGUCAGGAAAAUGUUUUGGUGGUGACGGAUGUGUUCUCCAAAUUCACCCAAGCAUUUGCUACCUCGGAUCAAAAAGCAAAGACAGUGGCUAAAGUAUUGGUUGAAAAGUGGUUUUGUGUAUAUGGGGUACCCAAGCGCAUACAUUCAGACCAAGGUCGAAGUUUUGAGAGUGAGUUGUUUAAACAACUAUGUUCUCUUUACGGAAUUCAGAAAAGCCGCACGACCCCAUAUCAUCCUGAGGGGAAUGGGCAGUGCGAACGUUUCAAUCGUACGUUACAUGAUUUGUUGAGAACCCUGCCCCCAGAACAGAAGGGCAAGUGGCCACAAUUCCUUCCACAACUCUUGUUUGCUUACAACACCACCAUUCAUCAAUCAACACAGCAUUCCCCUUAUGAACUCAUGUUUGGCCAGAAGCCACAGUUGCCAAUUGAUUUUCUGUUAGGCACUGUUGGGGAAGAGUUAGUAGAAGGAAGUGUUAGUGAUUGGGUUCUACAACAUAAAGAGUAUUUAGCUUUGGUUUAUGAGAGCGCACGAAAAAAUCUGGAUGAGAGGACUUGGGGAGAGAGGCCAGACAGUGAGGUGUCAAUACUUGCCCCUGGUACGUUAGUUUACUGUAGGAGUCACCCUUUGGGGAGGAACAAGAUCCAAGAUGCAUGGGCCCCUAAUCUAUUUGAGGUCAUAGAAUGUAAGGAUCCCCUUGGUAAUGUUUACGAAGUGCAACGGCAAGAUGGUGUAGGUUCCUCAAAGUGCAUCCAUCGAUCGGAAUUAAAACCUGCCCCUGACACGCAUGUUCGUACGCCCCCAGUAGCUGAAGGAAUACAUUCCCCAAUGGUAGAGGAAGUGACCGAACCAAUUGAUGAAAGCGAUGAUUUGGUUGUCGAAGUGGUUGUUUCCCACCCAAGUUGUGUAGGGGAGGAAAAUGUUAUUGGGGGGGUGGGCCAAAGUUUUCUUGGGUCACGAGUUGAGUCUGAGAUACAGGAAGAUGCAGGGGGUAGUAACUUGCCUUGUUCAAGUAAUACAUAUAGUAGAAGUGGAAGGACUCCUGAGCCCAUGAGGCGCACCUGUAGUAACUUGCCUUGUUUAAGUGAUACGUAUAGUAGAAGUGAAAGUAGUCCUGAGCCCAUAAGGCGCACCUCCCGUUCUACUGCGGGGGUGCACUCAAACCCUUUUCGAUUACCCCAAUCGGUGUCUCAGGGCCUGGGGCCUAAUGAUGCUGUGGUAAACUCCCAUUCCAUUAUGUUUAGACCAUGGCAAUAAGGGUAUUAAGUCUUCACCGGGACGGUGAAAACUCUUUGUGGGGGUGUGUGUAGUGGGUUGGUAUGAUGGGUGACGUCAUUAUAGACCUUUCUGUGUAAGUUCCGCCUGCAUAUGAUAAAAGGCGCAUUAGAUGACGUAGCAAUUGUGUGCACCUGGCUGCUUGGCGUGCUGCUACAAACAGCCGCUUCUUACAACUGUUCUUCGGUUGAGUGACUAAUAUCGUGUAUGCCACCGAUUUGUCCUGGAUAUCGGGCAUUGUGUGUGUCUGGGUAUGUUUUUAUCUCUUAUGUACAUCACAGGGUUUUGUGUAAUGCAAUGUAAUGUAAUGCGCGUUUGUUUACGUGCAGAUAUAGACUCUGUAAAGCAGCAGUGCGUUGGUGAUACGGUGCUGUUGGGCUAUAAGCGCUGUAUUGUGCAUUUUCUUCUAAUCUAUUGCAUGCGAGGCUUGGACGAUGUUGUAGGUAGGUGGCAUGCAUGAUGUAAAGUGUGUUUGGGUGAGCUGGCGAGUGACCCAAUAAGAGCCUGUAAGAAUUUACUCCGCUAUUCAGUACAUGUGUGUAAUAUGAUACUUUUGUUAAUAGCGAGAGCGGAGGAAAUAACGAAGGUGACCAAGACGCUGUAAGCUUCGGCAAAUUACUGUUACGCCGCUACCUUUCCAAUGUAAUGGAUGGGAACUAAGGUAAUUUAAUGCUGCCAUGUUUUUUUUAUAAUUAUUUUUGUAUGGAAGUAUUUAUAUAAUAAAAAGAUAUUUUAAAUGCAAUGUAUUAAUAACGUGAAAGUGUGUUUGACCAAGUAACUUGUUCAUCAGUAUUAAUCAUGUGAAAUUGUCUGUUAAAGUAAAUUGUUCAUUAGUAUUAAUCAUGUGAAAUUGUGUGACAAAGUAACUUGUGUAUCAAUAUUAAUCAUGUGAAAUUGUGUUUGACAGAGCUAACUCACUUGCCAGCUUGUAUCGAAAUGACCACUGUUUUUCCCAGUAGUAAAGUGUUUAGACUGAUUGUAUUUCUUUUCUUUUACUUUGUAUUUUGAUGUGAUUGUAGUUUUGUUUGUUUGUUUGUUUGUUUCUUUGGUUUUUCCUUGUCUGCCUGGUUAACGGGCCAGCGUAUUAUCACUCCGGCCUCUAGAGGGUGGUGUGUGUGUGUAGUGAUAAAUACCAGCGUGGAUUUACUUAUGAACACUGAGAGUGGGUUGUAUUUCUGAUAGAUGUGAUUUAUAGUAACACUGCUGAGAGUGACUAAAUUAUAUUCAGAGACUUGCCAUCAAUGACUAGGCCCGUUAUUCUGGUUGCAGCUAUUUUGGGUGUUUUUGUGUAACGUUUGUUUAAUUCUUUGUUUUGUGGAUUUAUUGUCAAACACUUCUACUGUGAACAGUAUACUUGCUGUUUUAUUCUUUUCUAAUAAAAGAAACCGUGUAUUCUUAUACUGUGUAAUUGUUCAUUAAAUUGAACCCCUGGCGCGGGCAUAGUGCCCUCUUGAAUA